AUGAAUGCUUUUGCUAGUAAAGUUAAUGGUGGUUUGACUUCAAAAUAUAAAUUUAUUCGAUCAAUUAAUACAAAUGGUCAGCAACUUAUGGCACCCAGGGUACAAGAUCCAGCUCCACAUUUUGAAGGAACAGCAGUUUAUAAUAUGGAUUUUAAAGAAAUCAAAUUAUCAGAUUACAAGGGGAAAUAUGUAAUCUUUUAUUUUUAUCCUUUAGAUUUCACUUUUGUAUGCCCGACAGAAAUAAUUGCAUUUAGUGAAAAAUAUGAAGAAUUUCAAAAAAUUAAUGCUGAUGUAAUAGGUUGUUCGACAGAUUCUCAUUUUUCUCAUCUUGCCUGGCAAAAUGUUUCUAAAAAGGAUGGUGGAAUUGGAUCAAUUAAAUAUCCUCUUUUAUCCGAUUUCACAAAAACCAUUGCAAAAAGUUACGGAGUGUUAAUAGAAUCAUCGGGAAUAGCUUUAAGAGGUUUAUUUAUAAUUGAUGAUAAAGGAAUUAUUAGGCACACAUCAGUUAAUGAUUUACCUGUGGGAAGAUCAGUGGAUGAAGUUUUAAGGCUUGUUAAAGCAUUUCAAUUUAACGAUAAGCAUGGUGAAGUGUGUCCAGCUAAUUGGCAACCAGAUACAGAUACAAUUAAACCAACAGUUAAAGACUCGAAAGAAUUCUUUGAUAAAACUUAUGAAAAAUAG